UCGGCGGAUGAAAAUAUAUUCAACAAUUCAACUCUCUUGCGCCAUUUAAGAAUCGCUCCAGUAUUCGUUACCAUGGAUAUGUGAUACUUUUCUGAGGUUUCCGUAGCCGUUCGUUCAGUCUUUAUUUGAUUUUCUAGUUUCCAGUGAAAGAAUAUUCGAAUAUCUAGCGUUGCAAAGCUGAGAAAUGCCUCCCAAAUCAGCCAAUCGUUCUGGAAAAUCCACUCCAACCAAGGGACAAAGUCGCGGGGGAGAAAAAGAUAAAAAGAAAGAUGAAGAAGAUAUUAAGUUACAAGAGGAAGAAGAAGCAAGAAAAAAAGCAGAACAAGAAGAAAAGGAAAGAUUGGAAAAGGAGCUUAAAGAGAAAGAAGAACUUGCAAAGCUUGAAGCGUUAGAGGAAUCACGUCGAGAACAGCAAUUGAGAGAAACUGAAGAUAAAUUGACUGCUAUUAAGAAGCAUGUGGAAAUACUAGAAAAUGACAGAAGAGCUCAUGCUGCAUGGGGAAGAUACAUGAGAUGUGAUGGAAGUCCAGAUCCCACCAUACUUACUCAGAUAAAUACUUUCAUUAAUUUGACAAAAGAAACUGGAUCAGAUGAAAUCAAUGUUAUUUUGGAAGAAUUGAAAGAUAUUUAUGCUUUAAUAUAUGAACUGGAUUUUUUAUUGGAUGACACCCCAGAAGAAGAUGUAACACCAGAACAAGAGACUGAAUUCAAAUCAACAAUGCUGGCAUUACAAGAUCUUAUUUUGCAACGAUACAAUGAAGGAACAUUAAAAAUUCUGAAAGAAGCUAUCAAUCAAGCUGACACUGAGAGUGGAAAUUUACAAAAAGUUAUCAAAGGAGCAAAUGAAACUAUUAUGUUGUGGGGAAAUCUCAAUAAAAAUCCUCGAUUUAAAUCAUUUACUUUUGAAUCAGAAGCUUUUACCUUUGAUUUACCUAAACCAUUGGCAAUGGCUGAAAUUGCAAUAAGAAACCUGACAACAAAAUAUGAUUCUUAUUCUCACCAAUGCUCAACAUUUUAUCCCAAGCAAAAAAAGGUUCAACCAGCAGAAGAAGAGGUCGUGAACCAGGAAGAAGGUAAACAGGAAGAAGUUGUUGAAGGAGAGAAAACAGAAGAAGGAGGAGAACAAGAUGCAAAUGAAACUAAGUCAACCGGUGAUGAUGGAAGAAAAAGUGCAUUGAGCGAAACUGCUGGAUCAACAAAAGAGGGAGAAGUGAAAGAAGUUGAGGGAGAAGAAACUAAAGAAGGUGAUGAUGCAAGUACUCCUGCACCUGAAAUAAAGAUUGAUGAAAUCGAUGAAUUAGAUGAUGAUAUCCUUGAUGAAGACGUUGUUGAUCUGAGACAAUAUCAACAGAUAGGAGGAGUAUUUCAUGUUGAUCUUGUAAAGCUUCCUCCACAACCAAUAACAGUGAAAGGUUGGACAUUGCGCCAGGUUAUUGAUGAGCCAAUCACAGUUGUUGAAUAUCCAUCAGAAGCAUUUGCACCUAAGCCGUCAUCACGUGCUGCAUCUGCCAAGGAAGAAAACCGAGACACAGAGUCUCCUUCAAAAUUUAUAUCAGAACAAACUCAACCUCCACUCGGGCUUUCACUCCAGUUGCCAUCCGACGUCAUGUUUUUUGAAGAACCACAAGUUGCAAAAUGGGAUCCGGAAGAUUGUCAUUGGAAAACGACAGGAGUCAAUGAUAUUGAAUACACUGAAGAAACAAAAAGCCUUUCAUUCAAAACUAGAAACUUUGGAACAUUUUGUCUGAUGCAAGAUUCGCACGUCAACAUGCCAUUUCAGCAAUGGGAACUUCGUCCACUUGGACUCAAUCACACUUUACUUACAGUCACAGCAGCUAUUGCAGAAACUUUCAUUGAAAUUAAGGAAUCUGAAUGUAGAUUACAAGCACCAGAAGAUGUUGAUGCUCGUGCAACUGAAUUGAAACACUUGUAUGAAAGAUGGAUGAGUCCCAGAGAUCUUAUGAUUGGAUUGAGACAAGCCGGAAUAAAUAUUUUUCCUGCUGAGGAUUCAAAUAAAUUUGUCAGCAUACAGGAAAAGGUGCUAGAUUUGGAAGAAAUUUAUGAGCAAAUGGGAUUAUUAUCAUCAGCUUUUGCUUUUUGUUGGAGCAAAUGGAAUGCAUCAGUCACAAAAAAUCAGAUUGUGUUACAGGUGGCACCAUGGUUGGGACAUGGUGACACAAGGAAGAUGGAGGCACCACCAACUGAUGUGUUUGUUGCUCCUGUCCCUCCAGCUCCUAAGAUAACUGAAGAUGACUGGAGUUUAUUCUUGGUGGAUGAAAGAAAAACACACAGGCUCAAGAUAACCGAAUAUGACGAUGAUUUUCUACCUACUCAUUCGCCCGGUGCCGAAUUUCACUCCGAUCUAAUGCAUGCAGUUAUAGAAACACCGUUUUUGGAAAAACCUCAUUUGCCUGUGAAAGACCAAGUACUCGAUCGUAUUAAUUCUUCCGAUAAAGUUUUUGUACAUACUGUGAUGACCUUAUUGAAAGCAACGAAGUGCAUUACAUAUUCAUAGAUUUUUCAGACUGCAUGAUUUUAUUUAAAUUUUUUAAAAUUUAUAUUUUAUACAAGGAAUUGUUUCACAUGAUUGAGGCUAUUUUUGGCUGUACACCCCGGAGUGGAGAGAUAUAAAGGGACUGAUGCAAUUAAUAUAUUUUAGGUAAUUCAGCAUGCCCAGGUUUUAAGUCUUACUUCAAACUGCUUCGCCGAUAGUGUCGCUAAAAGUUCAUUUCCUGAUUUUAUAUUAAAAUAGGAAAGUUGACACAGAGUAAUUUCAACAGAAUCGCACACUCUUUACCAGAGGAUUAAGCUUCCAGCCCUCAAUAAAUACAACUCUGCUCACAAGUAGUAUUUAAAUCACCAUCAUUGGUCCUAUAGCCAAUGAAGGAUUCUUUUUUCAGGCUAAGUGUGUGCUGCUGCUAAAGUGGUAUGUGACGUAAUGGUGGAAAUAAAUCUGUUAUUAUCACAAAUUUUCUCCUAUUUACAUCUGGCCUUUGUAUAAAUUGCAUGUCAAAUCAGUGAGUUCGAAAAACAACCUUGAAUUUUAAUACUAAGUUGCCUGGCAUGAUGUCAUAUCAUCUGAUUUUAUAUUAUUCAUCAUUCUAUUCUCUAUCGUUCAAGCAGCCCUUGGCAUCACAAUGGGCUGUCCACAACUUUGCUACAACCUUUGUUUCGCCAAAGGCACUAUUGCAACUUGCAAGAUCAUAUACUGGAGUCCAUUUUUGAGCAGAUUGUUUCGAUGGACACCAUAGAUACAUGCACACUGUCUCGAUACUAUGUCGUCACUCGUCAUGUAUGUUGUUUUAAAUUUGAACAAAUGCUCUACCUAUAUGAUAUACCUGUCUGCAAAUACAUCUUGCAAAAGCAUAAGCAAAAAACAUUAUAUUUGACAUCUUUUAAAACAGUCCCAAAAACUUGUGCACUCGAAUACUGGACAUGAUAUUGCAUUCGAUAUCACAAUAAUUAUCUGACGAGCAAAUGGUCAGUUCACACGACGCAAGUGUGCGAUUGUCAGUGGAAUGGAAGUAGUUAUGAUAUGAAGUUAUGAUAGACCACGGGAUGAUAAGUGAAAUGCUAAAGCUAGACAGAGUUUUCAUAGUAUAUGAAAAUUAAGCAGCAAUUAGACAUGAGCUGUCUUGGAGAACAUUGUAAACCUCAUUAACCGUGGUACUUACAUAAUUUGUUCCGAUAGGCUCUAAUUGUACUCUGGCAUUAUUCAAUUAAUAUUGGAGCUAGAGUCAUCAUUUUAUACUCUCAGAGUCUGGUGAAGACCAAAGCUCUGUGCCUCUGUUGGCAAUGCAUACUAAAAUGUGCUGAAAAUACUUCAAUACGGAUUACCUAUGGAAUUGCAACAAACAAGGUGACAUGAAUCGAAAAAUAGUAUGGUAAUUACUUCGUGAAAUCAUUGAUUACUAUGUGUUAGGAUCAAAUAAAAAGACAUCAAGAGAAUUUGAUAAAAUAGUAUUAAACAAGGCAAAAAUAAUAUUAAGCAGAUUAAAAGGAAAGAAAAUAUUUAAUAUUAUCAUUAUUUACAAGUAUUCACACGAAGACAAAGAUAAGCUUCGAAUGCACAACCUUUAGUCCACAUGUGUAUGUGCAGAAACUUCUUACAGAAAUGAUUUUGUGAAUGAACACAGAAUGAAAUUCACUUCCUACUUCCUUGAAAGUUCAAAGUCCAACACAUUUAUUUCAUAAGAGGCACUUUGGUAACAUCAAAUCAUAAUAGUGAGUAUUGAACAAAUAAAUGUGCUGUUACAAACAGAUGCAUUUUACUUCGCUAGUGAAUUUAAUUUACUAAAAACAAUGAAAACAGAUUUUCUGGCAUAAUUCAGAUUGGUUUCUUAUAUAAGCAUACAAAUUGAUCAGCCUUAAAAUCCAUUCAACCCUUCUCUUCCCAGUUUCAGAAAGAUUGAGCGAACUGAAAAUCACUAUUUCAAUAUGAAAAAUGAUGAUUUCAAAAUCUUUUGUCAAGGUGAGAUAGACAUUACCUCAUACUGUUAUCAAAGUAUAACCCACAUAUAGAUUUCAAAAUUGAAUAUAGCAAAAGCACUGAUAUUAGAUCAUAAUAUAAUAAAAAUACAACCAUGAGGCAGGAUGUAAGCAAAAUAGACAUAUUGAAUAUUUUUAUCUCCAUGAAUACAGGUUUAUGAAACUGGUAAGUUUAUGUUGUAACCUACAUGCAGGGCUGGGGAGCCGGAGCUGUGGUGAUUUGUUGGGGCUGGAGCAUUUAGAGAUGGAGGUGAAGUAGCUCCAGUUCAAGUAAAUUGAUCCCGUUCAGCUUAUAUUUUCAAGUUGAAUUUUAGAAUGUGUGACACUUAUAUCAUGGUUGCUUAAACCCACUUUCACAAAACCUUAUUUCAGCUAAUAUUUCAUGGUACAAAGUGAAAAAGUUAGGCUCUGGAGCGCAGCUAUUAUGAUUUGAAAUGAGUCCCCCAGUCCUGAUUCCAUGUCUGUUUACAGUAUGUAUGUUCCAAAAUUUUUGAUUAAUUCAAUCCAAUUUUCACAUUAACAAGGAACAUUUGAGACCUACAGGAAUUAGUGCAAGGUAAUAUAAUAACAUUUAUUGGUAUGAAAUAAGAAUCAAAAAGUUAUCGAUAAUAAGAAUAAAAUUGCAAAAUAUAUAGGAUAAUGAUUAGUUCAGAAUUAAGUAAACAUAAUUUCGCACUUGGAAACAUAGGUUAUUGUCGGCCAAGUAUGAAGUAUGUAAAAAUCAAGUCAAAAAUAGAAUUUCACAUGAUUCACAUUUGGUCCACACAAAACUAAACCAAGAAAAAGAUGGACGUAAUUUAAUUCAUUGGCGAAAAAAUAAA